AUGGCCCCUAGCAAGACUGAAGACCUUUCCCAACCAUCUUCUGGUAGCGAGGGUACAUCAACAGGAACGACGGACAAGCCGCCGAUCAAGCUGCACAAGCGCUCCCGGUCCGGCUGCUUCACAUGCCGCCUACGUAGAAAGAAGUGUGAUGAGAAACACCCAUCAUGCGGUGCCUGCAUCAAUCUUUGUGUCAAAUGCGAAUAUAAACGUCCGGUAUGGUGGGGCAAUGUCGAGCAAAGGAGGAUCCAGAAAGAGCGCAUCAAGAACAAGAUCAAGCAAACCAAGAUGAACGAGCGCAAUGGUGCUUUAACCGAUCCCUCGGCCCGCAAUCGCAGUAUGGCCGUUCCAUCGCCAACUUCUCCGGAGUACGAACUCAGUCGGCCUGUCUUUCCAGAGCAGUAUGACAUCUUCGCAUCACACCUGCCCACUCCAGCAUUCACCCAGAACGUCUACGGACUGGCACACCCUUAUGAGAUCGAUGUCAAGACGGAGCGACAGACAUACAUCAACGACGUUCCACUCCGCCACGACUCUUGCAGCUCGACCUUCAGCACGUUUGCUCCUCCCCAACUGAACGCCCCCCUGCCCACCUUUCCUGGCGAAGACUGGUUUCAUGAUGAGUACUUUUCCCAAGUCCCCACACUCCCCGGCAUUGAUCCGUCACUAUGCGAGCAAAGCAUUGGGCAAACGUACGCGAUUCUGCAGUCGAGCAUUCCUGUCAGUGACCACGACCGGCCGCUUCUCGACCACUUCAUCUACAAUGUCCUCCGUAUAAUCUUCCCAGUGCUGGAAGCCCACCAACGCGGACAUGUCCGGGCUCAAGCCAUUCUUCAAGCUUUGGAGACCAACAAAUGCUACCUGCACUGCUGCCUGAGUGUGGCCGCUAUUCACCGGAAGACGACAGAAGGUAUUGUUGGGGAACAGAUCGACCACGACAUCAUGCGCAACCGAUUCGAGGCAGUCUCACAACUCUGUCUGGCCCUGGGGGAAGAUACCAACCACGAGGAGAUUCUAGACGCAACACUUGCCAUGAUUUUCUUCCAUUGUUCCGUGGGCCCCGCCGACGAUUAUCUCCCCGAUAUCCCGUGGUUCGACCACUUCCAGGCCGCAUCCAAUCUGGUGAAUAGACUGGGUCUAUCGUCCCCGGUCCCUCAUUGCGGGAACCCAUACAUGCCAGCCCCGUUCACCAUGACACUGGCUUCUUGGAUUGAUAUCCUGGGUUCAACCAUGCACGGAAAGACCCCUGAGUUCGCACACACUUACCGCUCAAAGCAUCUGAGCGGGUCAUCCUUGGGCUUGCGCGAGCUCAUGGGCUGCGAUGACCGCGUCAUGUACUUGAUCUCGGAAAUCACUUGCUUGGAGGCACUGAAAAGGGAGGGAAGGAUUGAUGACCUGGGGGUUUGCUCCCACGUUUCAGCCCUGGGACAGCAGCUGGAGUUCACGGAGUCACCGCACCAGCCCUUGGAGAGCCCCUAUCUGGCCAAUGGAGCUUUCUCUCCGACGGUAUUGACCAACAAUAUCACCGCCAUUUUCCGAAUUGCGGCAAGGGUCUACCUGUGCAGUUUGGUGCCUGGAUUUGACCGUCACCAACCGAGCAACGUCAAUCUAGUUGCAGCAGUUGCCAACGCUCUUCAGUACAUUCCGUCUGGACCGGAAGGAUUUGAUCGAUCGCUGGUUUGGCCGCUGCUCAUCACUGGGUCUUUCUCCGCGCCAAACAGCUCUUUCCGCAGCGUUCUCGCCGACCGCGCCGCUGCAUUGGGCGACCACGCCGACCUGGGCAGUUUCGGCCGCAUGUAUCGAGUUCUGAAAGAAGUGUGGCGUGUGUCGGAUGAGCCUAUCGAGCCCCUUCCGAGCCAGGAAGCCAGCCCCUCAUCCCCAGCAGGCAGCAGUAGUCCGGUCAAGCGCGAGAGAUCCGAACCGCCGAAAGAAAAUACUGCAAAGUGGGAUGUGAAGGAAGUGAAGAAGCCGUUCAUCCACUGGCGUGAAGUGAUGCAGCAGAACGGUUGGGACUACCUGCUUCUAUAA